UCUCUCUUUGUAUCACCACAACUUUUUUCGGUGCAAUAGCACCCUCCAGUCUCCACUUCUCUAAACCCUCUCUCUAGAUUCUGAACAUAUCAAUGGCGGCAUCUCUCUUCCUCGUCCGUUCUCCGAUUCUCCGAGCGCAAUCCUCACAAACCCUAAAAACCAUUUUCUUUACCCAACCCCUCCGAUCGCAAUCCACUUCAACCACAACCCCUUCUCACCACAACGAUCACAAGGUCAACCACGAGUAUACACCGCCGAGCGAGUUCAUCAACACCUGGAAGACCCCGAAAACUCCGAAAGAGGCGGAGGCGAAGCUGUUGGCGUUGAGGCGCGAGUACGCCAAGAAGGUGAAGGAGGUUCGGAGGGAGUACACAAUCGAAAUGGAAUUGCAGAGGCAAGAGAAGAUUAGGAAAGCCGAGGCCAAGAGUGAGGCCCAACGGAUCGCCAAUGAGGAGCGCAGGGCCGCCAAAGCCGUCCAGAAGAAGGCCAAAGCUGAACUGCGAGAGGUGACUCGGCGAGAAUUUCGUGAAACCCUAUUAAAAGAAAGAACAGAGAAGCUUGAGUAUUGGAGGGCGAGAGAAAAACUAAUGCAGGAGAAGAGAAUGGAAAAGAGAGAGCUUCUGCGUCGGCAAAGUUCCAUGUGGAUUGACGAACCUGAAUUGGAGAAGAAGAUACUGGAAGCCGUUCUUGAUGUCACUCAACUUUGAGCUCCUUCUACUUGCAUGAAGUGAAUUUUUCUUGACGCGGAGAAGAUCGGAUAUGAAGUUGAAAACAUCAGGACUUCGUCCACUGGUUUAAAAGAGUCUACAACUGGCAACUUUUCCUCCUUGUUUCCUUUGCGCUUGUAACUCGAUCACUGUCAUGCCUACCAGACAAAUCUGUGCAUUUGUUUUGCUUGUAUGGCGGAUGAUUUUAACCCAGUAGGAAUUCACCUUGAACUUGCCUCUAAAAUGCAUGCCUUAAAACUUUGUGGUUUGUGUAAUAGAAUAGGAACGGCUGAUUGAUGCUUAUUUUGCAUCAUGUAGGCUAUAGCCAUGGCACUUUGUUGCUUGCUUGGUGUUGUAUUGACAAACAGGAAGGUGGAUUAUAUUUUGUCAAAUAAAUUGCAUCAUGAAUUUAAUUACAA